AUUACCUGCUUCAGUAGUUUAUUUACAUCCAUCCCAUUUUCACUCUUUGGGCGGGGCAAAAGAAUGAAUGAGGAUAUUAAGGACUAUCACCCCUACUAACCACAACAUCACUUUAUAAGAGGAACAUUGAGAUUUGAAGGAUUUAAAAUUUACUCUGGAAAAUGAAACUUUCAAAAGGAUUAAUGUUGGUGCUUGCAAUCAUGGGGCUUGUUCUGGUUCUUUUGGCAGUCGCAGCUAUUAUUCUAGCAAAACUUCUGACAGAAGGUGGUUUAACAAAGGAGACUACAGAGUCUGUAUAUGAUGAGUUAGUGAACCAGACCUUGAUAAAUAGAAAUUGUGGCUCCAGACCUGCUUUUUCCAGUAGGAUUGUUGGUGGGACAAACUCUGUGAAUGGUGAAUGGCCUUGGCAAGUUAGUCUCCAAAUCGGAUCACACGUCUGUGGUGCCUCCAUCAUCUCUGACAAAUGGCUCAUCUCUGCAGCUCAUUGUUUUCAGAAAGCAUUCGCCAACCCUUCUAACUGGAAAGCUUACAUGGGAUCAAUUUUUGUUGGACGUGGUAUAUCCAGAACCAUCACUGAAAUCCACGUCCACCCUAACUAUAGCAUCCCAAUGAACUUUAACAAUGAUAUUGCAGUACUGGAGCUUUCUUCCCCUGUCAACUUCAAUAAGUUCAUCCAGCCAAUUUGUCUCCCAUCGAGUCGUGAAGUCAUCUCUGCUGGUCGAAAAUGCACAAUCACAGGAUGGGGAGCGCUUGCCUUUCAAGGCCCACCUGCAAAGAUCCUUCAAAAAGCAGAAGUGAAAAUUAUCAAUGACAAACGAUGCAAGAGUACUUUUGGAAACCAAAUUAGUGAUACGAUGCUGUGUGCCGGUAUCUUAGCUGGAGGAGUCGAUGCCUGUCAGGGUGAUUCAGGAGGUCCACUGGUUUGUCAGAGAUCAAAUAACACUUGGUUUCUAGCUGGGAUCGUGAGCUUUGGUAUUGACUGUGCAAGGCCAAAUAUCCCUGGAGUGUAUGCUCGUGUUACAGCUCUUAGAGACUGGGUGCAGCAGAAAACUGGAUUGUAGAUAGAACUAUUUCCCAACGUGUAGCUACUGAAUGAACCAUGGCGUCAAAAAAGCCACAAUAAAGCCACAAAUGCAGUGGUUCCAUUCAUCUGACAAGUAACCACAUUUUUUUUCUGAGCGGGUGAGUGAGAAGAAGGCAUCCUGAUCUGACAUCAGUAUUCAUUCAAUUCCGUUGUUGAUUCAUGAAUAGGAUCCAGGAACGGAACUCACAACGUUAAAAGCACAUGAGGAUAAUAAAGCUGUAGUCCACGGACCCCAGCUUCUGGCAAAGCUCACCACAAAUCAGAAAAGCUCUUUGAAUGCUCUAUCAGUUUAAGUGUAGUAUUUUCUGAUAUUAUUUCCUGGAUUAGUAAAGUAGUGUUUAAAGACACAUUUCUUCAUGUGAUUUACAGCAGAUUUGUGUUUCAGUUUAAUGAGCUGGGAGAAGUUAUGCGGGGAUUUGGAGAGGCCAUGAAAGUUCUUGAUGCCAUGAUGGAAGGAUUCUGAAUGAAGUCAAAAAUGCUGGAAAUACUCAGCAGACCAAGCAGUGUCUAGGGAAACAUAAAUAUAACACUUCGGAUCAAAUACCUACUCUCAGAACUGGGACUGGCUCGCACUUGUUAUCUUUUUAAUUCAAAGAAUGUUUGCAUGGGAUUCUUUUGACUUUUGGUAAAAUCAAAUUAGCUGCUGGUUAUAUAAAAUGAAAAAUCAGUACGAAAAAUCGAAAAUCAGGAGAAGUGCUCAAUAUUAUGUUACCUACUUUGCACCAACAUGAGAAGUCAAUGCUAUCCCUUCAUGCCCAAACCAAAUAAAUAAAAAUUAAGCUUUUGAAGGGAUUUUUCAUUGUAAAAAAAGAUGCUACGGAUAACACCCAUCAUUCUAUAAUUGUUUUCUAUCACUUGAUUAGAGUUUAGAAUCACCUAAAAUACAGUUUCUGUGGAUUAUUCAUUGAUAAUUCACAAACAUGCAGAAUUUUAUGUUUUUCUUGAAUGUUUAAUGCUUCAAGCAACACUCAAAUGUGGUAAAUGUCCACAACAUCAAAAGUACUGUAGUGAGGUAAAUUAAUGUCAUAUUCUGCUGGUUGAAAAUCAACUCUAUACUUCCUGUUAGAACUUUGUGUUGAAUAAAUCUGAGAUGUAAUCAUGUGAUGCAAUGGCCUAGAUACUAAACUUAUCCUGGGUUCAAGGUCAAUUCAAUUCUCUGGCAUCAAUGCCCUGUUAUGUUACAUGUAAUGACCCACUGUAAGUUAAUAAUUAACAUCUUCUCUUUAUAGGUACAGGAGUAAAAGAUUCCUUCUCUCACAUAUAUUCCAACAUUUAAAUAGAUCAUGAUUAAUCCUGUUGCCCAAUUUUAUCAGAUCCAGCAGAAAAGAGUUCAACACUCACGCUAACCUUCAUUGAAAAAUGUAUUUCUUGAUUUCAUUCCUAAAUGGGCCAGCUCAAACUUGAAGCUGUGUUCCCCCUUUUCUGGAUUCCUAUUUUCAGGGGGCAUAGACCUAAAGUACAAUUUGGCAUAUAUUAGUAAUGUUGGCCACAUAAGCCUGGUGACUAUCGAUUUUGGAAAUGGAAAAUAGUGAGCUGACAUCAGAAAACUGCACGAUUGUGAAAGAGAGCCAGAACAGAGGGGGCAUUACUCUGUGUCCAGUUGUGUACAGCCUAAUGUUAGAGAGCUGGCUGGUUGCUUUUCUAAGAUGAUGGAUGUCUUUGAAACAACAUGCUGUGUAGCAUGAAUACUGGAAAUCUGAAAUAAAAACACUGGAAAUGUCCAGCAGAUCGCUUGAUCAUUGGAGAUAUAAAUAGAGUUGAUGUUUCUGGUCAAUAUUUUAUUGGUAUACUUCUGAUAAAAUGUCAUGACUGAAUAUGCUAAUUCUAUUUCUCUUUCCACAGAUGCUACAAGAAAUGCUUGAGUUUCUCUAGUAUCUUUCUAUCAUUAUUUCGCUUUCUCCAGUGUGGCAGAUUUCUAGAUCCCUCACGCUAACAAGCAUCGAAUUCAUUUAAAAAACUUGUUCUGCUUUCAGUAGUUUCCAUCCUCCGCACACCCACGCAGAUUUGCAAUCAACAGGUGAUCUUGUGAAACAAGUUCCUGAAGGUCAACAGAACAAUAAAAGCACAAGGAUGGUUUGCACAAGCUUGCCUUGAAUUCCCUUGAACAUUGAGGAGUCAAGGAGUGAUCUAAUUGAGGUUGUUAUGACAUUAAAAGGAUUUGUUAUGUGGGAUUAUGAGCGAGGGAUUUAGACCACUUAGAAGCAAAAAUAGUUUGAGGAAGAGUUUAAUUGUAGUCUAAUUAAUGGAGUAGCCUUGGUGGAUUGCCAUUCUCAACAUUCUAAUGUUUUUCUAUGUUAAAUAAAACAAAAAUCUCCUCACUGGUUUCUGGGCUACUCUUAAGUUAAAGUGAAGGUAAGGUAUUAGAACAGAAUGAAGAAAGCUUCAUUCAUCCCUCGUGUUUCCAUGCUUUUCUUAGUGCUGCAGAGGUUUGUUGCGAAUAUCAGAUACCUUUUGGGUAAAAUUGGUAAUUUACUCAUACUAACAUUUCCUUUCCUCAGUAAACAUUGGAAUUCAACAAUUUUAUUGUUAAAGUGUAACAGUAAAAGUCCUCAGUGAGGCCGAC